CCCAAGAUGGUAUGCAUUCAGAUCCAUUCCCAGAAAACUUGAGAAUUUGGGUUUUAGCUUGCCUUGUGACUGAAAGCAAAAAGAAACUGGAAGUACUUGUAUGGUUAAUUGACUUCCUGGAAGACAGGAUUUAUUUUUUUUCCCCUUCGAACGUACAUUCAAGUCACUUGGAAAAAUGAUAAAGGCGUGGUGCUUGCUGAAAAACCAACAUUGCUUGAGUCAGUCUCAUCAGAGUCUCCUUUCCUCCCCCAGAUCUGGUUCCUACUCGGCAGAAUACAAAAGAUCCUGGCCAUGGAUUUGGCACACAACCAAUCAAGUGAGUACUAUUACGAAGAGGGUGAAAUGAAUGCCACUUAUGAUUAUGGCCUAUUUGAAACGAUAUGUUUAAAAGAAGAGGUCAGGAAUUUUGCAAAAUCAUUUCUGCCUGCCUUUUACACCGUGGCUUUCAUCGUUGGGCUCGCAGGAAAUUCUGCAGUGUUAGUGGUUUACUCCUUCUACAAGAAACAGAAAUCGAAGACUGACGUAUACAUCAUGAAUUUGGCCGUGGCUGAUUUACUCCUGCUAUUCACCCUGCCUUUUUGGGCCGUAAACGCAGUGCAGGGGUGGGUAUUGGGGCAGACGAUGUGCAAAGUAACCUCGGCUCUCUACACCAUAAACUUUGUGUCUGGCAUGCAGUUUCUGGCCUGUAUCAGCGUAGAUAGAUACUCUGCAGUAACUAAUGCUCCAAGACUGGAAAAAAUUGGAAAAACCUGCUGGGUUAUUUGUUUCUGUGUCUGGAUAGCUGCAGUUUUACUGAGCGUACCCGAAUUAAUUUUUAAUACGGUCAGGAAAAACAAAGACAGGUAUAGAUGUCUUCCAAUAUUCCCACAGCACCUGGGAAUAUCUAUGAAAGCAUCGAUUCAGUUGCUGGAAAUCAGCUUGGGUUUCGCAGUCCCCUUUCUGAUCAUGGGGGUUUGCUAUUUUAUCACUGCUAGGACUCUCAUUAGGACUCCAAACAUUAAAAAAUCUCAGCCCCUCAAAGUUCUGCUGGCAGUGGUAGUGGUUUUCAUUGUCACCCAGUUGCCGUAUAACAUUGUCAAGUUCUGGCGAGCCAUGGACAUCAUCUACUUACUAAUUACAGACUGUGGCAUGAGCAAACGCAUUGAUGUCGCAAUCCAGAUCACAGAAAGUGUAGCCCUAUUUCACAGCUGCCUCAAUCCAAUUUUGUACGCCUUUAUGGGAGCCUCUUUUAAAACGCAUAUUUUGAAAAUGGCAAAGAGAUACGGAUACUGGAGAAGACAGAGACAAAACCCUGAGGAGAUUCCUUUCGACUCAGAAGGGCACACAGAACCGACAAGUAGUUUUAGUAUUUAGCAUUCAGACUUCUCUUGCUUAAAAUGCAGCCUUUAUCUCAAGGGAUGCUGCUCACUCUGAGGUAAGAAAGAGAACAUCCACAUUACUCUGACUCUUAAGUCCAAAAUCUGUGGAAAUCUUUGGAUGGACCAAGAAAUGACAUGCCCAAGACACUCAAAAUGUAAUUUAAAAAAGGUGUUUUUUUUUUAAAAUAAGGCUGAAUAAGACAAGGCAUGUGUUAUGUGAGAAAAAGAAAACCUUAGGAACAAAUCCACACCGGAAAUAAUUCAAAUAAAUAUGAAGAGUUCAGGAUUGACAAUGACUGAAACGCUGGAACCAGACCCAAGAUCUGGAUGAACCAACAGAGCCAACCAUUGAAAAUUAACUGACUACAAAAAGCCAUGGGAGAAUAGAGCAACAAAUUUUAACGUGACUUUCUAAGCCAUUUUUAACUUUCUGAAUUUUAUCAAAAGAGGCUUAUUUCAUUAAAUCAUAUCAGGACUUUAAAAAACAUACUCCAAUAACCUUAGAGUAAAAUAUCAUUCAGCAUUUCUCUAGAACUCAUUUUAUAUGUAAUCUCAUAUAACAUCAGCAGGUGUGUAGUUAAACAGAGAAUUGUACAGUAUUUUAUUGUUUUGUUUUCCACAUACUUUUGCCAUGUUUCCAAGAUGACUACUCAUUUUCCUACACUAGAAUCUCCUUUCAUCAUGAUCUGGUUUCUAUUACUAAAUACUGGAUUUGUAACUGUAAGGGCAAAGCCUCAAAUUACAAAUUUAUCUGCUAAUUUCUCCAAAAAUGGGUUUUCUUCUGAGACGCCUGAAGAACUUAGUGCUACAAAACCUCAAAAUCUGCCCGUUACAGCUCUCUGAGGCCCAUCUUUCCCAGAGAUCUCCUUGAAGGUCCACCUUGACCAUAAAGAUUCCACCUUCAUAAUUUCUACGUGAGAAAUAUUUAUAUAAAGAGCUAGGUUGAAAAGACCAGUACCUAAAUUGAAACCACACACACACAAAACCCCAAAACCCCAAACUUGUGUCUAAUCAUCUUGAAUAAAUGAAUCUGCUUUUCAAUGCAGAUAAACCAAAAUACAUUACAAAAGGUAUAUUUUCUAGACUCAGUAACAAAUAAUUUAGCAAAAAAAAUCUGAUUCAAGAGCAGAGCGAUUAAGAUCAAAUGCAUUGGAAAUAUUCUGGUUCUAAUAUAAACUAAAGCCAUGGAUCCUCAACACAUGUGGUUCCUGAAGAUCAGUUACUUCUGUUUCUAGAAGUAGAACAUAAAUGAAAUAAAUACACUGUUCUUGGGAAAUGCAAAACCAAAAAGUGAUACAAACAAUGACGACAGGGUGUCUACUCUCAAGGAAGAGUCAGAAUAACUGAAUGUACAAAUGCAAAAGGACGCAUUUCAUUCAGCACAAGGUUUCUCCUGGGAUAGAUACAGUGUACCUUCCCCAUAAUAAAACUCUUUUCCCUGUG